UUAGUUUAGAGAAGCUGGAGAAAAUGCAACAAGAAGCCCAUCGGCAGCUACAAGAAAAUCGUAUUUGUAACGUUGCAGAAAAACUUUAAAAUAUUCGAUUCGUACUAAAAGUCGUUUACCAUGGCUUAUUUAUUAGUGUUUUCCAUUUGUUUGGCAUUACUGUUAGCUACAAUAUCACUUUAUAGAUAUGGUUGCAUCCAACGCCAGCAUCCGAUAGUUACCUUUUCUGUACUGACAGCAUGGAGCUUUUCAUUCCUUAUUGUGUUUACGAUCCCUCUGGACGUUACUUCGACUGUGUACCGGCAGUGCAUCUUGGAACAUAACACAACGACAAAGUCAUCGCUUGUACAAUCAAACAAUGAGAGUACAUGCCAACGCCCUUGGGGCAUGGUAGAAGAACAGGUGUUCCCGAAUCUCUGGCGCAUCAUUUAUUGGUCUUCGCAGUUUCUGACAUGGUUGAUCAUGCCGUUAAUGCAAUCCUAUCUAAAAGCCGGUGAUUUCACCAUCAAAGGAAAACUUAAAUCUGCUUUAGUUGAUAACGCGAUUUAUUACGGAUCUUAUUUAUUCAUAUGUGGAAUUUUGCUAAUCUAUCUUGCGCUUCAGCCUGGAAUCUCGUUAGACUGGCAAAAGCUUAAAGCCAUAGCUUCUUCCGCGUCGAACACCUGGGGCUUAUUUUUACUUGUAUUACUGCUUGGUUAUGCCCUUGUAGAAGUUCCACGAAGUUUAUGGAACAAUUCGAAACCUGGAUUUACGUUGCAGUAUGCUUAUUUCAAACUUUCCAAAUUAAGUACGGAAAAGGCUGAGGCAGAGGAACACGUAGAUGAUGUUUUGGAAAGUUUACUAUCGGCUAAUCGAGCAGUUCCAUCACGUCACGAACUUCGACCGGCACUAGAAACAAUACUUCGAAAAGUGCCUACUGAAUUAAUGGAGCGAGCCCGUCGAAUCAAUCGCGAUGAUGGUUCUCCUGUAGCUUUGCCAUCGGAGAAAGCACUUAUAAGACUCCAUCGGCAAGUGAUAAAAUCUCUGCAGACAUUCCAACGUACGGAAGCCUUGUGGAACGUCCAAGUCAACAAGGUCCUUCAUCUGGAAGACGUCGCCAAAAAUGCAGUUUCAUUGGAUCAUCGCUUUAAGUUGGAAUUUCCCAAGAAUCGCACUGGACUUUCCAGAGCACUUUACAGUCCAGUACUAGAAUGGUACUGGGAAUGUGUAAUAAAGGCCCCAUUUCUCAAAGCUCUCGCGAUUAUAACAGGUUUUCUUUCAUUCACAGUGGUCUGGAGCGAAUUGACAUUUUUCAAUCGUGAACCGGUGUUAUCCAUCUUUGCAAACGUACUGGAAAUCGCGAAGACCAACUAUGACUUUGUCACGAUUGAGCUAUUCUCAAUGAUGACUCUUUGUUAUCUGUGCUACUGCGCCUAUUCGACGGUUUUCCGAAUUAAAUUUCUCAAUCUCUACUAUCUUGCUGCUCAUCAUCAAACUAACGAGUAUAGCCUAAUAUUUAGUGGUAUGCUACUGUGCCGCUUGACUCCACCUAUGUGUCUGAAUUUUCUUGGAAUGAUUCAUAUGGAUUCACACAUCAUCAAGGAACGUAUUCAGGAAACACAUUAUACACAGAUCAUGGGUCACAUGGAUGUUUUAGGUAUAAUAUCAGAUGGAUUUAAUAUAUAUUUUCCAAUGGUGAUGCUAGCUUUCUGUUUGGCUACUUGGUUUUCGCUUGGCAGCCGAGCCCUCAAUGCACUUGGCUUUCAACAAUUUAUGCUAAAUGAAACUAUUGCUACUGAGCUUGUCCAGGAAGGUAAAGAUUUAAUAGUACGGGAAAAGCGAAAGCGUCAACGCGCAGAAGAUGCAAUCGCUCGCCGACGGGACAAUAUUCUAAGCAAUUUAGGAAGAGAUUAUGGAAACACAGGAAACAGUGGUGGAAUCAAUGGAGGUGGAAACGUAAGCACUAGUGGCGUUGGGAACAUUCUGGCAAAAUAUAGAUCAAAAAAUUUAGAUUUAGCAACUAAUGCUGUUGGCCCUAGUGAUGAUUUAGUACGGCACGGUGACAGACUUGACUACAGCACUAACGAGCGAGGAACUGAGCUUUGUAGGUCUCUUUCGGAAGAAAUCAAUGAACGCUUUGGAGUUAGCACUAACGUUGUGGUUGGAUUUCGAGGAUAUAGCGAAUUUGGCGAUGAUGAAGAUGGGCAUGGUACCAGUAAUAGCGGAGUAGUUCCGCGAGGAUUUUUCGAUGAUGUUUAAUAUAGUUUGUACUAACAAAAAACAUUUUAGAUUUAGGCAAAGUGAUAAUUAAUUUAGAGCUUCACACCUGUCCCUUUUACAUUAAUCCAAUUAAGUUUUAAGCUAUUUUAGUAGUUUCAAAAUAAAACUUUAGACGGUAGAAAAUGCAUAAAUAAAAUAAAACAAAAGUGUAAUCAAUCUUGUAAAACACGUAUUCAGUGAACAGAAAAUAUAA